AACACUUAGAUUAUUUUUCUCUUCAACGAACUUCUCUUCUCCGUCCUCUUCUUCUCUCUCUUUCACCAUGGAUUCCGUCUCCGGUUACGCCGGAACACGUCAGCCUCGAUCCGGUGGCAAAAUUGUUCGACCACGACGCACCGCCGUCGUCAGGACUCCGUAUGACCGCCCUGUUCCGAGAUCCCGAGAUCCUCCUCAGCAAAACCCUAGUUGGAUCUCUAGGCUCGUUUACAAACCCGCCAGCGUAAUUGCUUCCGGCGCCGGUAAAUUCAUUUCUUCUGUCGUCUUCUCCGAAUCUUCUUCAUCUUCCUCGGAGGAUGAUGACUCAUCUUCAGAUAUUGAUGGUGAUGAGGAUGUUGAGAAGAACAUUACUAAUUUUACUGAAGAGGACCUUGUGAAUGCCCAGCAACCAACUAUCCAACCACUUAGUUCUAAGCGUGUAAUUGAGCAGCUUCUCAUGCAAGAAACAUUCGCAAGGGAAGAGGGUGAUAAAUUGAUAGAUAUCAUCAAUUCUAGGGUCGUAGAUCAUCCCAGUUUUCCCCCUGCUGUCGGGGGGAGGAAUAAUGACAAUGGAAUGACAAGUGACGUGAAUGUGGGUGAAAUGUCCAAUACAGCUGUUAUGGAAGCAAAAAAAUGGUUGGAGGAGAAGAAAUCAGGAUCAAGUUCAAAGUAUAAGGCAACUGAAGAUGGUGCUGGAUCGCCUGUGGAUGUGGCCAAGUCAUAUAUGCGAGCUCGUCUGCCUUGGGGAUCUCCGGCUGCGAACAAUUCAGAGUUUCGAUCACCAUCAUCAGCAGGAAGGCAAAGGACUCCUUUUCCUUAUAGUGCUGGAAGCUUUUCGUCGUCCAAGCUGAAAAGGAAAUCCGGUUCCAAUCAGUCAUGGAAUAUUCAAGAUGAAAUUCGCAAAGUCAGAGCUAAAGCAACAGAGGAAAUGCUUAAAAGUCCCAGUAGUGCAGCCUCUUUGGAACCUAAACACAGGCCAUAUGUUUUAGCGACUGAUUUACUCAAAGGAAAUGAUGCGUCUUUGAAUGCCGAUGGUGCUGUUCAAGUUCUACAGAGUAAACAAACCGGGGUUUUACCAAAUUUAGGCAUACCUACCUCUGAACAAAAUCAGACUACGGGAUCUAAUCAAGGCGUUGAAGAAGCAGGAGUUUUACACAGUAGAUCUCAUGGAGUUGGUUUGGAUGAGACAUUUAUCUCCACACAAGGAAUCAAGCCAUCUAAAAAUACGAAUACCGCUUUUCAAAGUGGAACCGACGUAGAUGACUUGAAUGCUCAAGAUGGCGAUUUUAUCCAACGUAGAGCAACUAUCGGAGACACCACAAAUGCUGUCUUGGCUCUUGGGGCAACUUUGGAUUCAACGGGGAACUUUUGCAUCCCAAAAGAUGUGUUUGAAACAUCAAAAGAAGCUGAUGAUAAAGGCGCAUCACGUGCUGCUUCUAACGGUUUUCCAUCUUCAUCACCUAGUUUAGUGGCUAUGGAAGGUCAACCAAAACCCAAACCACCAGAAGAAACCGAGGCUUCUCAGCCUGUAUCUGAAGUUCAUGGUGAUGACAUGACAGUAGGGAAUGGCUCAGAUGGUGCGAUUAACAAUGAAAACGAUGACAGCGAAUCAAGUGCCUCACAUAACAGUUCAAGCACGCACGAAGAAGAGUGGCUCCCAGGAGACCAGUCUCUACCAAACUCAAACUCGGCAAGUAGCAGUCCGGGUACAACCAAGGUCUUGGCAUACAGCAGAAGAGGAAGAGGCCGUGGUAGAGGAAGAGGUCGAGGAGGUCGAGGCAAAGGACGGGCCAAAACAACUCUGUAAGAUGAGCUGUACACAACACAACCGAAUGCAAUAGGAGAGUAUUAUGAGGUAGGAUUAUGUGACAUCUCUUUUAGAUUUGAAAUCCCACUCUGUUUGUCACGUGAUUAUCUUUUAGGUUUUAUUGUAGUAUUUGAGUUAGGAGGAUUUGUCUUACUCACGUUUAUGUGGUAUUAUUGUGUCUCUCUGUUUUAUUAUGUUUUUCUUCAUGUGUCUGAUACUCCAAUGUCUAUGUUGUAAGUUUGAAGCUUGGUUUCAUUCCAGCUGACGAAGCUUUGUAGUUUGCAGUUUCCAAAUUGAACUCUUUUCUCUUUGUUCA